GAGGUUAUGCUUCAUGUUUAUUUUUUUCGUGGGACCAUGGAAAAUUGAACAUUAAAUUCGAAAAUUUGAAGAAAAUGUAUUAUUAACUAAUUGGAAAUAGAAUAUUCCCAUUUAUGAUAAUUAAUGAAACUGUUAUUAAGAUGGCUAAUAAAAUUCUUAGGACAAUUAAUCGAUUUAGAUUACAUUCUAAGCUAAUAAACCCUACCUACUCUGAAAAUUAUCCUAGAAAAUUUCACACAUCUUUGGUUACAAAACAUGGAGAGUAUGAGUGGCAAGAUCCUAAGACUGCGGAAGAUAUUGUUAAUGUAACCUUCGUGAUGAAAGAUGGAACCAAAAUCCCUAUAAAGGGUAAAGUAGGUGACAAUCUAUUAUACUUGGCGCAUAGAUAUGAAAUUCCUAUGGAGGGAGCAUGUGAAGCAUCUUUAGCUUGCACUACAUGCCAUGUAUAUGUGCAUAAUGGUUUUUAUGAAAAACUAUCAGAGCCAACGGAACAAGAAGAUGAUCUUUUAGAUAUGGCCCCAUUUUUAAAAGAAAACUCGCGCUUAGGAUGUCAAAUAAUUUUAACAAAAGAUAUGGAAGGUCUAGAAGUAGAAUUACCUCAAGCUACUAGAAAUUUCUAUGUGGAUGGACACACACCAAAGCCUCAUUAGGUGAUAUUCUUUUUAUUAUCGAUUUGUCAUGUGUAAUUGAUUGUUCUUAUUGAACUUUUUUUGUAAUGUAUAAAGUCUUAUACAGAUAUUCAAUGAAUGUAUAAAGAAAUAAUACUCUUUAAGCUAAAUAUGGCAGUAUACGUACAUAAUAUUGUUUAUGUUAAAACCAGAGAAAUACAAUAUUGUUUUAAAAAUUUUAA